CCACUGCCUCUUAAAAGUGAGCUCAUCUGGCACUGGGUUGCAUUGAAGUCCUCCACCGUGCCUGAAGGAAGAAUGCUUUUGGGUGGUGGGAACGUGGAGAAGAUGUGGUCUGUCCAGCUGUUCCUUGGAGUGCUAACCAUCUUGACCAUCACUGUGUAUGUCCCGUCUACACAUGGAGAGCCUUUUUUACUACAAGAGAACCGGGUGCUUCCGGAGAGAGAAGACACAAAUCAUGAGGACACACUGCUGACUCUGCUUCUUAAUAAGAAACUUGCAUGGCGGAGACCGGAAAAUAUUGACUGGGAGCUGGCAAAGAAAUUUGAAGAGCUUGAACAGCUGGAGAAGUUGAAGGAUCAGCUCUCAACUGAGGAAGGGUCAGAGGUGGCCUAUGCCUUGGAAAGUCUCUCAGCAUCCCAGCCCAAAAAACGUGCCUGCUUUUGGAAAUACUGCAUCUGAAGGCUUGCCAGGACUGGAGGAUGAAGAUGAGCCCUUCCCCAAACUUACUUGCUGGGUAUUGAUGUGUUAAGAGUUUGUUCUGUUCUCUCAUCGUGCUGCUAACUUGGAUGCCAUCCUCCACGACCGCACCGCAACCAAGUCUAACAGGGACCGUGACAGGAGCUGGUAGCCCACUACCACUCUUCACUGUUCCUUCCUUCCAGGUUUAACCUACUGUCAUCUUCUACUUGGAAGAUGCUUCCCCACUUUCCUUGCUGUCCUGCGCGUGCCACUCAGUCUGCUGCUGCUGUACACUCUUCCCCUUCUCACCAGAUCCCCCGAGGCACCAAACACUCACUCAGUUCCCCUGAGCUUGGGCCUCUGCCCACAUCUGCAGACGUUGUUCACGGUGGUGUCUGGGUUCCCCGUCGCCUCCUACGAGCAGGUCUGCG